UGGGACCCUUCUGAUUAUCCAACAUAUCAGUAUGCUGUUGUACCAGGAUAUUGAGGCUCUGGUCAUUGCCUCGACCUAUGUUCCGGGGCGUUUAUUCAACGAAGUGACGCUGCAGAGUUGCGUUAUCUUACUCUCUGUUCCGACGAUCAGCGCUCUCCACUUAUUCCUGGGCUUUAGAGCCUUACGGUCUACCUGUUCAUGCUUUAGCUGCCGCCGUUUGACUCACCCAGUUGUGUUAUUUUGUUGGGUCUUCACAAUUUUCCUCUGUGCAGCUGAGUGCGCACUAUCUAUUUACGGAGUAAUUUUAGCGAAGCAGGGGCCGUAAGUUCCCGCUUCUCUUUGCUCAUCGUGUCGAUCUCAUACUACAGUUUCCGUUCCAUCCCGUCAGUUCACACGAUCUCCGACGAAAUCUCAUAAUGGCGACGGCCAUGUUCACUGACACCGUCUGCCUGCUCAUGGAUUUCGCUACCACUUUCUUCCUCCUCUGGCAUGUAGAUCAACGGCGAAUUCUUAGCAGAGGGCUGCGACGAUCAUCGUGUGAUGAUGCAUUCAAGCAAACAUUGUUCAAAUGGAGGCAGCGUUGUAUUCUUGGUUUCCUCCUCGUUGCCCCAGUACAACUCCCAAGAGGAUUUCUCCUCCUCUUUUGGCCCAAUCCACUUGUCAUGGAUUUGAUGUCG